UUGCCAUUUUGUCACAGUAUACCAAUAUGGCUGACAAAAGGGGGCACGUUGUUAGCCUUAGGUCGAGAAUGCUUUGCAGUUUAUGUAAAACAGGACAGUUAAUUCUGAUAAAUAUUUUGUUGUUAUCUUUAUCUCAAGCUAAAGUUGAUAGACCAAGAGGAGUAUCUAUUUCAAAAUCAUCCCUUUAUAAACCUGGUGAUAGUUUUACUUGUUUUGAUAAUUCUGAUACUAUUCCAUAUUCACAAAUAAAUGAUGACUACUGUGACUGUAAAGAUGGCUCAGAUGAACCAGGUACGUCAGCCUGUCCCAAUGGGUCUUUUCACUGUACCAAUGCUGGCUACAGGCCCCUGACUAUGCCAUCUUCCAGGGUGAAUGAUGGGAUCUGUGAUUGCUGUGAUGGAACAGAUGAAUACUCAGGAGAAACUACUUGUGUUAAUACAUGCAGAGAAAUGGGGAGGGCAAUGAGAGAGGAACAGGAAAGGAUGAAACAGCUAUUGCAGGAAGGGGUGAAAAUCAGGGAUGAUUAUAUUAAACAAGGCAAGGAUGCAAAGACAGAAAAAAGAGCAAGACUGGAAGCAUUAGAGAAAGAAAAAGAUGAAGCUGAGGCAAAGAAAAAUGAAUUAGAAAAUAUUAAAAAUGAGGCAGAAAAGCCUGAAAAAGAAGCAAAAGAUGCACACCAGAAAGCUUGGGAAGAGGAAAAAUCACUACGUGAAGCAGAAAAAGAAGCCAAGAAAGUUGAAGAGGCUUUUGCAGAAUUGGACAGCAAUGCAGAUGGGAUUAUAACAACAUCAGAACUAGCAACACACCCAGAAUUUGAUAAAAAUUCAGAUGGUCAGGUGUCAGAACAAGAGCAACAGGAAUAUUUGGAAGACCACAAUUCCGUGGACAUCAAAACAUUCCAGGAGAAAGUUUGGCCCAAUAUCAAGGAUAUCAUAAAGUUCCCAGAACCUGAAAAAGAGGAGUCAGCCAAGGGGGAGGCAACACCCCCUGGUGAGGAGAUGGAGGAGGGAGCAGAGUUUCCUGAAGAGGCUGAGGUCGCUCCAUCACCAGAAACUAAAUCCCAGGGAGGGGAGGAUGAAGACCUCGGUGAUGAUGAUGAUGAGGAGGAGGAGGAUUAUGACAAAGAUGACGAGGAUUAUGAGAAAGAUGAUGAAGACCAUGAAUAUGGGACUGAUGAAAAGAAAGAGGAGGAAGAAGAAGAAAAAAUGCCAGAUUAUGAUGAAGAAACAAAGGUUUUGAUACAAGCUGCUGAUAAUGCAAGACAUGAAUUUACAGUUGCUGAACAGAAAUUCAAAGAUUUAGAAAAUGAGAUGAAUGAUUUGAAUCACUUCCUGACCCUAGACUUGGGCCCAGAUGAUGCUUUCUACCCACUGAAAGGCCAGUGCUUUGAGUACACUGACAGAGAAUAUGUAUAUAAGCUUUGCCCAUUUGAUAAAGCAUCACAGAGGCCAAAGAAUGGAGGCUCUGAAACUAGUCUUGGAACAUGGGGCAAGUGGACAGGACCAGAAGAAAAUAUAUAUUUGAAAAUGAAAUAUGAGAGAGGACAGGGCUGCUGGAAUGGUCCUGACAGAUCUGCUACAAUCACCUUACAUUGUGGAAUGAAAAAUGAGUUAAGAAAUGUGGCUGAACCAAAUCGUUGUGAAUACACAUUUGACUUUGAGACUCCUGCUGCCUGUACUGCACCUGCUAAACAGUCUGAAGACAUACAUGAUGAACUAUAGCAAUUCUGACAAGAAUAGAAGUUAAUAGAAGUUUUUCUUCUGGAUAAAAAUUUUGCAUUGCUGCUAGCAUCUGCAGUUUAUUCAGGUGUUAAUUCUCUUUAUUAUUAUUGUUUUUUUGUAAGGGGGGGGGCGGUUAAGCUUUCUCUUUCAUUUUGACGAUUGUCUUAAGCUAAUUAUGUAUAAAGAUUGUAUAUUUUCCAAUUCUGAUCAGUGUUUUCUCAAUUUAACUAAUAAAAAGUUUAUGUCCAAUAUUGUAGUGAAGAUAAAGAAUGCAAAUUUAUUCCAACAAAACAGCGCAGUUCUUUUCAGGUUGUAUUUGUUAGCUGAUCUUGUAAUGCUACACAUUCCUCUUGGUCUGAAAUGUGCAUUGUGUAGUUCUCUUUAUGAAUUGAUACCUUGUUUCAAUAAAGAAUCGU